CCGCAAAUCACCCGAAGAAGAGAGACAGGCAGAAAAGGAAGUGCCUGAAGUCAGUGACAGAGGAACCAACGAGGAAGACAAGGGGACAAAGAAGAACAGGAGAAGAAGAAGAAGAAGAAAUAAAGAGGCUGUCAGAGCAUGCAGGAAGUGAAGAAACGUCCGAUAAUCUCUGCAAGAGAAAGAAGCCCGGGUCCUGGACGCUACGCUCUGCCCCCGACGGUGGGAUACAUCAACCAUGACUUCACCAAGCCCAGCAGCCCUGCAUACUCCUUUCACAGCCGCAUGAGCAGCGCCAUGGUCUCUGUGGACUCCAGCCCAGGACCGAGGUACCACAUUGACGCCAAGUUAACCCGCUUUGGCCGGAUGGAAACCCCGUCCUACUCCAUGCUUGGCAGGGGAAGGAGCACAGGGGAUAAUAAAGGCGAGGUGUUUCAGACUCCGGGGCCGGGGGCCUACAGCCCAGAGAAGGCUCUCCCUCUCAACUCUCACCUCAGACCCCCCUCCUUCACCAUCGGCUCUCGCACCAGAUACCGCUCUGUGGAUCCUGUCCCGGCACCCAACAGCUACAGACUCCCUAAUCUGCUCGGCAGCCAGGUCCCUAAUAAACCAUCGAGUGCCAGCUACAGCUUCUCAGGCCGGAGGAAGGUGGGAGCUCCGUCUGAAGACCUCUCCAAGAGCCCUGGACCGGCCAAAUACGACACCACCAACCCCGACAUCUACCACCAGCGCCAGCCCUCCUUCUCCAUGCAGAAACGGACUAAGAGACCCAGUUAUUUCUCGGCUAUCCCCGGCCCCGGCACUUACAGCCCGGAAAAGUUUCAUGUGCACCUCCCUAAACCCCCCUCCUUCUCUAUGGGUGUCAGACACUCAGAGUUCGUCACCCCACUCGUGGUGCAAGUCAUCGACUGACAGGAUUCAAUAUGAAUGCGUUGAUUUUAUUAUAUUUUUCAUACAAAUGUGGAGCUGUCAUGUAAGGACUAAAAUAUAUAAAUAAAUCAUAUUAAA